AUGAAACGUACCACUCCGCCCUACCCGCAAUAUCCUGGGCAACCAAAACCUCAAUCGCAAGGAAGACCUGGUUAUGGCUCUGUAGCUAAACCAGGACCUGGCUCAAUCAUUCCAGGUCCUGGUCAAGCUCCAGGCCCAUACGGAGGUAGACCACCACCACAAAUGAGUCAACCACCUCGUUCAAUGUUGAAUCCUGGUGGUCGGGUUCAAUCUAACCCUCAAUUACAACCUCAACCACAAUACCAAUCACGAAUGGAUCCAAAGCUUCAACGACAAAUGGUCAGCGAUAAGUUGAUUGCAGAUUGUUAUUCGAAGCUCCAUUUCGAUCAACGAGUUAAUAGAAAUGUUAAUGAAACAUCAUAUCAAACCCAUGUGUUAGUUAAAGAGUUUUCAUCAUAUCCUGAUCGACCUCCACCAACAGGAACUAUUAGUGGAUCAGUUAAAACUAGAGUAUUAGUACUAUGUAUUAAAUAUAGUGGAAGAAUCCUUUUACAAAAGGGUAAACUUAAUGAAGAAAGAAAUCUCUAUCAAAUUGGAAGAACUUGGGAUUUAGAUGAAUUGAAACUGAUUAGUAAACUUGAUAAAGGAGGAUUCAUUUUCUCGUUAAAUAAGGUCUACUUUUGGGAAGCCAUUGAAGGUUAUGAUAUCUUAUGGCAAUUCAUUAGAUCAGUAGUUGAAAGUUAUGGACGAUUUACUGGGAAAUAUCCUCAAUUGACAGGAAUAACUCUUGAAGAAUUGAAAUUACCUCCAACUCCCAAUCGAAAUGGAAAUGGGAAUGGAAAUGGAAAUGGAAGAAAUGCCAGUGUAGCUUCUAGUAAAAGUGAAUUUUAUAAAGACUAUGAUUUCACUUCUAAUGGGCAAUUACCUAUGAAACCCAUGAAAGUUUUACUGGUAGAUCGACCUAAUGUUAGUGAAACUUCUUUACCAGGUGGUGGAUCUGGAUCAUUAUAUAAUCAAUCUAAUCAUAGUCAAGCUAGUGGGGAUGGUCAUAGUUUUGUAUUUGGAGAUCAGUCUCAGUCUCAAUCUCAAUCUCAAUCUCAACCUCAUCAAUCAGUAACUUCUAUACCAACAUCUAUUCGAGAAGAAUCUCCUGAACGGAAGAUUCAUGAAUAUGCUAAGCAAGCAGGUUCUUCACCAUUAAGAAAGUAUAAACCGUUGAUUGAAAAGGAAGUAGAAAGACAUCCAUCCAAUGGUAGUGAUCUUGCAUCUGCUGCAGCCUUAGGAUUAAAAUUACAGAAUCAAUUAGACAGUAGUAGCAGUAAUAUUCAGGAUGAGACUCAAUUUGUAAAAGACUUUGCUCAUCAAAUCCCUCAAUCUCCUGCUCAAUCAAUGAAACUUCAACCAUCACAGAAAUCAGAUAUUUCUGGGAAAUCUCCUGAUUUUGGUAUAGAAGAGAUUACUGAUGAAAGUGAUACAGAAGACAAAGUUAUUCCAAAACUGACAUCGAUAUUACAACGAGUUCUUUCAAAUAAGAGUUCACCACCUAAACAAAUUUCUCAAUUAAAACUGGGUUCUCCACCGAAACUGAGUGUACCACCACCACAAUUAAAUCCUCCAAAGUUAAGAAAACCAUCUACUACAGGAUCAAACCCUAUUGAUACAUCGAUUCAAGAGAUUGAAAGUAUGCUUGAUACUCAAAUCAAUUUUAAUAAGUCUACCAAACCUGCUCUUCAAGCUCCAGCAAUAAUUGUAUCUGAUGAAGAAGAAGAUUUAAAUAAUCCUGAUCCAGGUAAACGAAGUUAUUCGUUUGAUCAAACGGUUGAACUUCAACCCAUUGAACAAGAGAAUUCUUUAAAUAUUGUUAAGAAAGAUUUUAAUGAAACAUUAAUUAAAGUUGAUAAAGAUACUGAUGCCGAUGAUUUCUUUGAAGAUGUUAGUUGGACAACUACUGAUACUAGUAAUUCUAUAAUUAAGAAAUUAACUCAAGAAUUAAAUAAAGUUAAAUUACAUAAUGUAUCAGUACUUAUGGAUAUAAAUUUUGGUAAUAGUACAAUUUCUAAAGAAGUUACCACAGCAAUGAGUGAAGUUGAAAAUUUAUCUCAUAUCUUUAAAAAACUUGAAAUUGAUUUUAAUCGGAUAACUCCAGAUAUUGAAACUAUUGAAAAUAAUUCUCAAGGUUUACAAGUUAAAUCAAUUAAUAAGAAAAUUUUAUAUAAUGAUCUUAAAAGUAUGUUAGAAAGAGUUAAAAUUGAUCCUCAAGAUUUAAAGAUGAUUGCUUCUUAUGAUGAAUUUGAUAAUGUAUCUAAAUUAUUAUCAUUAGAAGGUAAAUUACUUGAAUUAUUUAAUGCAUCUACUCAUAUUAAUAAUACCAAUAAUACUAAUAAUGAUAGUUUAAGUUCUAUGAAGGCUCUUAAACAAUAUCAAUCCAAUUAUGAAGUGGUGGCUAAGAAGUUUGUUAAACAUUUCCUUGGGUAUUUAUCUAUACAAUUUAGAAGUAUAUUUGAUCAAUUCCAAGCCAAUUUAGAUCGUUUCCAUCCUCAUGCUCUUUUACGUCAAUUGAGUAAACUUACAAUUUAUUCUGGUUUAACUUUCUUUGUUAAAGGUGUGGGAUCUAUUGAAUUUGUGGAAUUUAAUCAUCUUGUUAAUUCAUUAUUGGCGAAAUUCUUUGAUCAAUUAAUUUCCGCUAGAAUUAAAGCUCAUGGAACUACUUCUACUUCUACUAUGAGUAUUGGAUUAUCUCAUUCAUUAGAAGAAACAACAGCUCCAUUAAGACUGUCAAGGACUUUAAGAUUAUCUAAGAAAGUUAGUAAAUUUAGUGGGAUUGGACAAGAUCUUCUUCUUGAUGAUGAUAAUAAUAGUAGUAAUAUUAAUAUUAAUAAUGUAACUAUGAGAAGAUCAACUACUUUUAAACAUUCAGAAGUUGAAGAUCCUAAAUUUGUUAUUCAAACCAUUGAAGAACUGACAAGUAUAAUUACUUUGGUUCAAUACUUUAUGGUAUUAUUCUUUCAUAUUGAUCAAGAUACUAUUGAUUUUAAUGAAUAUUUAUCAAUAUAUCCUUAUGAAGAAAGACUUCGACUUUCAGAAGAAUUACCUGAACAAUCAAUUGAAUCAUUACAAGAUGGUAAGAAUCAUUCAACCACAGAACUUAUUACUACAUUAUCAUCUAUUUUUAAUCUGUUCAUUAAUAUUCAUCUUAAAAAACUUAAUCCAUUUGAACUUAAUAUUCCGGUAAUACUUGUUUAUUUAGAAGGAAUUGCCAAUCAAUUACAAAAUACUCAUCAAGCAUAUGUUAAGAAUAAUUUUAUUGAUCGAUUUCAAACUAAAUUAUUAACUAGUUGGAAUAAAUUCAUAGUAACUCAACUUGAUCUGAUUAAUAAUUCUAUAAUUGUAGCUAAGAGUGGUAUUUUACAACCAGUUAAGAAUAUUAAUCAAAUCUUAUUAAUGACAGAAUCUUCAUUAGAAUCUCAUCAAUAUGAAUUAAGAAAUAGUUCAGUUAAAACUUUGGUAGAUAAAACUUAUCUGGAUGUUACUGAAGCAUUAGUUAGUUUAUUCUCUCGUGAUGAUCCUUUGUUAAAGAAGAAUGAAUUAGAUGAUAAAGAACGAGAAAGAAGAAAUGUUACCAUCUUACAAAAUGUAUUUUAUAUUCUUGAUGAAUUAUCAUCAAUUUCUCGAUCAAAUUCAACAAAUCCAAUGAGAUCAAGAUUAGAUACUAUAUUUAAUAGUAUUGAACAAAAUUAUUUCCAACGAUUAUUACAUAAGAAUAUUGGGAAAUUAGUUGAAUUUGUUAGUAAUUAUGAAGCCCUUGAAAAUAUGAGUAGUGGAUCAAGUAGUAAGAAAUAUAAUAAGAAAUUUGUUAAAACUUUACUUAGUAAUUAUACUACUAAAGAACUUCAAUUAAAAGUUGGAGAAAUAUUUAAAAAAUUAGAAAAACAUUUCAUUAGUGGAACAGAUAUGUUUGAAAAGGAUUUAUUAGAUCGGUUAUGGCUGGAUUUAGAACAAGUAUUUAUUGAUUACUUUACCCGAUUAAAUAAGAUCUUACGAUCAGAUUUUGAUAGAGAUAUUGAUUUUGGAAUUGGUAGACAAGAAAUUCAUAGUAUAUUUAAGUCUAUUCACUAA